AUGACCGAAAUCGAAAUCCAAACUUCAUUGCUGUAUGGCAUCUUUACCGGGACGAAGAGCUUCCUCAUAGGGACCCGUUUUCUUGUCAACAGGACGCAUGUUGAGAGCCUAGUCAACAAGAUUCUGCAUGAACGACUACCUCAAGAGCUCAUUGACCUUGUUGGUGAUGAGCUUCAUCAAUUGAAUCAAGCUGAAAUCGUCGCUAAAUGGGCAGCCGGGCCCAGAUUCGACACUGCAGAUCACACUUUCUACGACUUCCUGUCGACGCCAGCGACACGACAUGGAGCGCGCCCUCCUCGCUAUCCUGCUGAACGACAAGUCUUGAAGAAAGUUCAAGAGCAUGCCAACGUCAACGCCCUAUGGAUCACAGCCUCCCGGCCUGGCGCGAAGCCCGACGGUGAGUCGUACGACCACAAGGCAUACCUUCAUCUUUCCGCCCUGAAAGCCCCCGACAAGCCUUCAUUAGCAUGGAGUCUUCCUCCAAGUGCUGGCUUUGCAUCCUUCGCUACGACAGGAGCUGUGUACAUCGGCAGAAAAGGCCGGACCUCAGCGGGGUUGAACCCAGGUCAUAAUACGUCGCACAACAUUGCGAUCGAUGCCGCUGUAUACCACCGGGACCCAGCCCAUGAUGCACGCAAACGCAGAAGGGGGCUUCCAGAGACACAGGCUGCCAGGUUGCUGCAGUGUGAGAAUGUCACAGAGGCUAUUCAGGGAUGGGAUGCUGAGACUGUAAAGGCUUAUGUCGAUUUGCUCGGUCUCAAGGUCGUGCCUUUCGAAGAAGGAAACCCGAUGAAGCCGGGGCUGCAUAUUUGGCAGCGGAUCUUUGAUUGCAUCGAUACUUAG